CUUCUAUCUCCGCCGCAACCCUCUUUGAAAGAGCGGCUCAUCAAGGUUAGGAUCGCCGGACCCUCUUCGGUUCACACCUCUGGAUUUACACCAGCUGCUGGUUCUGUCCUCGUCUUCCCCGGAGACUGACAUCUCGCUUGGCUUGUUGUUGUUUUUUAACUUCGCGGAUUUUACAAACUCACUAUUGCUUCGUUGUUGUAGUUUUUUGCAGCUGCUCGAGGCUUUGUGGGGGAUUUCUCACGCAGACCGGGAUUUCACGGUUUGUGGAAGUUGCAACAAGUCCGGAGCGUGCGGAGAGGCGCGUGUGGGCCGGCAGUCACCGCUCUGCUGUUUGAGGAUGCUGAAGGACAUUAAGAUAGAAGACCGUCUGCGGACCGAUGCGGGCUCUCUGGAUGUUAUGAUCGGCGGGGACUCUCUUCAGCGGGCCGUGUGCGAGGGCUGCACGCGGGUCAUCUCCGACCGCUUCCUGAUGCGGGUCAACGACGCGUUCUGGCACGAGGAGUGCCUGCAGUGCGCCGCGUGCCAGCGGCCGCUCACCGCCACCUGCUACUUCAGAGACACGAGACUCUACUGCAAGACCGACUACCAGCAGUUGUUUGCCACCAAAUGUAGCGGCUGUCUUGAGAAGAUAACACCCACAGAGUUCGUAAUGCGAGCUCUGGAGAGUGUUUACCAUCUCAGCUGCUUCUGUUGCUGCGUCUGUGAUCGCCAGUUGUGCAGAGGAGACGAGUUUGUUCUGAAAGAAGGUCAGCUGCUUUGCAAGAGUGACUUUGAGAGGGAGAGGGACCUGCUCAGCACAGUCAGUCCAGACAACUCGGACUCAGAUAAAAGUGAGGAUGAGGAUCUGGAUGUGAAGUCAAAGAAGUGCCCUGCCGCAGGGAAGGGCAGCAAUGACAGCAAAGACCCUCGCCGGCCCAAACGACCACGCACCAUCCUCAACACCGUGCAGAGGAGAGAGUUCAAGGCCUCCUUUGAUGUGUCGUCCAAACCCUGCCGAAAGGUGAGGGAGACCCUGGCUGCAGAGACAGGACUCACUGUACGGGUGGUCCAGGUCUGGUUUCAGAACCAGAGAGCAAAGAUGAAGAAGUUAGCCCGCAGACAACAGCAACAGCAGGAGCAACACAACAGCCAAAGGCUCGGCCAAGAGGUGAUAUCAGGUUGUAUGGAGGGCCUGCUCAGCUCCUACUCAGGGCAUCUACCUCCAAACCAGCAGCAGCAGCUGGUGACCAUGGAGCACGGCAGCUACCACACUGACCCCUUCCAGCAGGGCCUCACGCCACCACAGAUGCCGGGUGACCAUAUGAACCCCUACGGCACCGACAUCAUCUUCCAUGACAUGGACAGUGACACCUCUCUGACAAGUCUAAAAGACUGCUUCAUGGCCACUCCAGACGCAGGCUCCUCGCAGGCCCGGGCGGGGAACCCCAUCGACCGCUUGUACUCCAUGCAGAGCUCCUACUUUGCCUCUUGAGAACCCAACCCACCACACCGUAAUCCCAGGCCAUGAACAGGUGAAGACACAAGACACAUGUCCUGUAUGACAUGAAUCAGUAAGGAGGGAAAUGUGAUUGCAAGACGGAAUCCACCAAUUUUACCUGACCGACCUCCACCAGCCAAAGGAAAAAGGAAAACUUGAAACUAAAACUUCACCUGCCAGUGGGCCUCCAUUCUGCUUUUCGACUGGGCUCAUUUUGUUGUCAACAUUUGUACAGAUAUCACAUUGGAAGUGUUUAGUGCUAUGGAAAGUUAGAACAUUUUGUCCAAAACAAACUGUGUCACAGAAACGUUAGGCUCCGUGUUUCUCAGUAUGUAACACAGUUUAAUAGGUACUUAUUAAGGUUGUAAGUUGUUUUUAAUGGGACAAUCAGGCAAAUGUAGUUUUGGUGAUGUAAUAUUAGCCGACUACCAAGCUCUUCUGCUGUGAAAAAAUAACAGUGAGCCAACUGAUUGAUACCUGUUGCAGAAUGUAUAUAUUGUUCUGAACGUAAUUACUGUUCUUCAGAAACAUCCAGUUUUGCAUGUUAGGAUAGACGAUUUAUUUAUUACUCACCAACGUGCUGGUAUACAAUAAAUCAAGAAAUUCUGUUUAACCCUUUCAAUACUAUAGUUAUGAAAGACAAUAAGAUCCCAUUGUUAAGUACAAAAAGCCUUCCUAAUUCGUUGAUGAUUUGAUUCUGCUAUUUAUGAUGUUAUUUGCAUUGUUUAGUGAGUGUGUAAAUUACUAUUGCUUUGCUAUUUAUUUUUCCAUUGAGAUCAU